CAUAGGCUCGCUGCGAACUAUCAAAAUGUGAGGAUGACCUAGUCCCUUAUGACGACAGUCUGGCGGUUGCAAUGAGUUCGUGCCCAUGCGUAACCGGUAGCACCACAAGCCUUCUUGUGCCCGACACGGAACGCGCAGCGUGCAGAAGGCAGCAGAUCUCCCUCCAGACCCAGAUGCGCAAACUGUCUUCUCGCGCCGAAGCUCAGGGUCGGAAGUUGCAUACGCCUUCUUAGCACCCGGCCCGUACUCGGGCGCGUGGUAUGGCCAACCUCAAUGUCUCGUUGGCGUCGGCGAUCAGCUCCGGAGGUGUCACAGCAGGCUUUCAGUGUCUAUAAAGCUGACUCCACCAGGCUCGGACCCGCAGUCUCACUCUUCAAGUUUCUCUUCCCAGCUGUAACGGCCUGUCUACUUCUCACGUCAUGUCGCACAACACGUUUGACAUCAUCAUCGCCGGUGGCGGAACCAGCGGCCUCAUUAUUGCCAGUAGGUUGGCCACUGCCGACCCGUCACUGAGCAUCUUGGUUGUAGAAGCCGGCGCACCGACACGCGAUGACCCUCAGCACAUUCAGCCAGUCCGGUAUCUUCAUCACCUCCGUCCGGACAGCACGACCGUCAAGUUCCACGUCGGCAGGGAGAGUGCUGCGCUAGGUGGUCGGGCUCCUGUAGUGCCGUGCGGCCAAUGCCUCGGCGGAGGUUCUAGCGUCAACUUCGCUAUGUACACUCGAGCGGCAGCCUCAGACUAUGAUGAUUGGACGACAGUGUAUGGGAACCCUGGCUGGAGCUCCACCGAGCUCCUCCCGCUUCUUCGAAAGUGCGAAACCUACGAGGUUGCGCCAGGAAAGCCCACGCACGGAUAUUCCGGCCCAUUGAAGGUUUCCUACGGGGGAGCUUUUAUGGAUAUUGGAAAGGAAUUUCUGGAGGUGGCCGCCGGGUACGACAAGGCACGAGGCCUCACGGACGAUGUUAACGGUCUGUUCGAGACCAACAAGUAUGGGGUGAGCUCUGUAUCAUGGAUCGACUCCAAGACCGGCGCUCGCUCAGACAUCCCGCACCAAUAUAUCUACCACCGGGACUUUCCAAAUUUACACAUUCUGACCGGGUACCAUGUCCAACGCGUAAUCGUCAAGGACGGACAAGCGACUGGUAUUGAGUAUAGCCCGAAUAAGCGUUAUCACUCGGAUGCCGGCCAAGGUGUCCUCUCGGCCAUAGCACGGCGACAGGUGGUCAUCUCCGCUGGGACUUUCGGGUCACCUGCGAUCCUAGAGCGAUCGGGCAUAGGCUCGAAGAGCGUGCUUGAGAAGGUCGGAAUCAUGCAGAUCGUUGACCUUCCUGGAGUGGGUGAGAAUUACCAAGAUCACCAGGUCCUCUUUGCCCCCUACGUAAUCGCGAAGGAGAAGGAUACAUUAGAUGGAAUUGCUAGCAGCAACGAGGCAGAACUUCAGAAGUGGGAUGCACAAUGGAAGAAGCAGGGAGAUGGGUUAAUGGCUCACAACGGUCUCGAUGCAGGUGGAAAGUUACGCCCGUCCAAGGACGACCUCGAUGUCCUUGGCGAGGUCUUUCGCAAGCGGUGGCUUGAGUACUAUGUCCCGGCACCCGACAAACCGGUGAUGUGGUUCGGCUUGCUUGCUCUCUACCUGGGAGAUCUCUCUAAGGUUCCUGUGGACAAAGCGUACUCUGUCGGUUGGUACCUCCAGCACCCUGCGUCCAUCGGUCGCCUGCACAUUACGUCUCGCGAUAACGUAGAGGCCCCACUCGACUUUCAUCCCGGGUACCUUGAUAGACCGGAAGACAUGGCAGUUCAUAAGUGGGGCUACAAAAUGUCGCGCGAGUUUGCCAGACGUAUGCCUUCCUAUCGUGGAGAAGUUCCUGGAGCGCAUCCUGCUUUCAGCGAGACAAGCUCAGUUGCUCCCCGACUGCACGAUAGUCCUGUCCCGAAUGCAACCCCAAGCUUGGUAUACACGGAAGAAGACGAGAAGGCCCUUGAGGACUGGAUUCGGAAGACUGUUGCAACUGCAUGGCAUUCGCUGGGAACGUGUGCUAUGAAAAGCCGCGAGAAGGGCGGAGUUGUGGACUCGAGGCUGAACGUUUAUGACGUGGACGGUCUGAAGGUCGCUGACAUGUCCAUCUGCCCAGGAAACGUCUCAGCAAAUACUUAUUCGACUGCCAUCCUGAUUGGCGAGAAAGCCGCUGUGCUCAUAGGACAAGAGUUAGGCAUCCAUAUUGACGACGGCUUGACUCCUCUGGCACGCUUGUGA